AUGGUUGGCAGCAUUGAGGUUGCAAACAACUGCACACACUCAAAUGGGGUCGUACAGAGCAGCAAUGGCUCCGAGGAGAAGCUAGACGAGCUUCGUAGAUACGUUGGCAAGGCCGAUGGCGACCUCUUGAAGAUUGUUGGUGUUGGAGGAGGCGCGUGGGGGAGUGUCUUUGCAGCAUUGCUUCAAGACAGUUAUGGCCAGUACCGGGACAAGGUCCAGAUCAGGAUAUGGAGGCGGCCUGGGAGAGCUGUUGACAGAGCCACAGCUGAGCACCUGUUUGAGGUGAUCAACUCAAGGGAGGACGUGCUGAGGAGGCUGAUAAGGAGAUGCGCGUAUCUCAAGUAUGUCAAGGCACGCCUGGGUGACCGGACGCUCUAUGCUGACGAGAUCUUGAAAGACGGCUUCUGCCUCAACAUGAUUGACACGCCACUUUGCCCUAUGAAGGUUGUGACUAACCUGCAGGAGGCGGUUUGGGAUGCGGAUAUUGUCAUCAAUGGCCUGCCCUCGACUGAGAUACGUGAGGUCUUUGAGGAGAUAAGGGAUCAUUGGAAGGAGAGGAUCACCACACCGGUCAUCAUAUCUCUGGCAAAGGGGAUAGAGGCGGAGAUCAGCCCGUCUCCUCGGAUAAUAACACCCACACAGAUGAUCAGCCAAGAAACUGGAGUCCCAAUAGAGAACAUUCCCUGUGCGUGUGUCUUAAUCUCUGCAAAUAUCGUACUUUACUGGCUGUCUGGCCUUACAUGCAAUGAUGAGAAUUUUAUAGCUAAAUCCGGUGCUCAACGUGUUGCUUCUGCUGAGGGUGUUGCUCUGAUAGCCCCAGACACUUCUCCUAGGGGCUUGAACAUUGAAGGAGAAGCUGAUAGCUGGGAUUUUGGUGUAGGUGCUGGAUUUUAUCUGAAUGCUACACAAGAGAAGUGGAAGAACUGGCAAAUGUACGACUAUGUUGUGAAAGAGUUGCCAGCAGUUCUUAAGGAGAACUUUCUUCAGCUUGACACGUCUCGGGCAUCUAUAUCUGGUCAUUCCAUGGGUGGACAUGGAGCUCUGACAAUUUACCUAAAAAACUUAGACAAGUACAAGUCGGUGUCAGCAUUCGCUCCUGUUGCAAAUCCUAUAAACUGUCCAUGGGGCCAGAAAGCAUUCACAAAUUAUUUGGGUGAAAACAAGGCUGCCUGGGAGGAGUAUGAUGCCAGCAUUCUUGUAUCGAAGUAUACCAAUGUUUCAGCGACUAUUCUCAUUGAUCAGGGAGACGCAGACAAGUUUCUGAGCGAACAGCUCCAGCCGCAAAAGUUUGAUGAGGCUUGCCGGAAAUCGAAGGUGCCGCUGCUGCUCCGAAUGCAACCAGGUUACGAUCACUCCUACUAUUUCAUUGCUACGUUCAUCGACGAUCAUAUCCGCCACCACGCCCAAGCCCUUAAUCUGUAAUGCAAUGGCGCUCUAGAUCAUGUCAGAAUGGACUUUGCUUCUGUUUGAACUUGAAAAUUAUGUAGAAGACGAUAGAAGUUGGAGUUGUUUAUUGUGUUUGAUUUUCCCCUCUCGUUUUCUGGCUUUGAUCGCCUACCUUACGCAGAAUAUAUGUGCUUGAAUUACUAAUACCAUCCGGAUCCAUGUCUCAA